GCGGGAGCGGCGGCGGGAGCGCGGCGCGCGCAGCCGCCAUUGCGGCGCCGUGAGGGGCCGAGCGUCCUGCGGCGCUCCCGGGGCGGGGCCUGCGCGCUGCCCGCUUCCUCAUCCGCACGGUGCAUAACCCGGGCGAGGCGAAAACCUUCCAAUUUGUGAAAAAACAAGAAAGGAAAAGAGCCGUGAUAAUUUUGGACAUUAAUCGCUCCUAUUCCUAGGCUCUUUAUCUCGGGAAAAAUGGCAGAUCCCUGGCAAGAAUGUAUGGAUUAUGCAGUUGGUUUAGCAAGGAAAGCUGGGGAGAUAAUCCGUGGAGCACUCAAAGAAGAAAUAUCUGUUAUGACUAAAAGUUCACCUGUAGAUCUAGUGACAGAAACUGAUCAAAAAGUAGAAAACUUCAUUAUUUCUUUGAUAAAAGAAAAGUAUCCUUCUCACAGCUUUAUCGGAGAAGAAUCUGUUGCAGCUGGAGAGGGCAGUGUUCUGACAGAUAACCCCACAUGGAUUAUAGACCCUAUUGAUGGAACUACCAACUUUGUACACAGGUUUCCAUUUGUGGCAGUUUCAAUUGGCUUUGUUGUAAACAAAAAGAUAGAGUUUGGAAUUGUGUAUAGUUGUGUAGAAGACAAGAUGUACACUGCCAGAAAGGGAAAAGGUGCAUUUUGCAAUGGGCAGAAACUUCAAGUAUCGGGCCAAGAAGACAUUACAAAAUCCCUUUUAGUAACAGAAUUGGGGUCAAAUCGUGAUCCAGAGGCUAUAAAAAUAAUUCUUUCUAAUAUGGAAAGACUUCUCAGUAUUCCUAUUCAUGGGAUUAGAGCUGUUGGUACAGCAGCUGUGAACAUGUGCCUUGUGGCAACAGGUGGAGCUGAUGCCUAUUACGAAAUGGGGAUUCACUGCUGGGAUAUGGCAGGAGCUGGAAUCAUCAUUACUGAAGCUGGUGGAGUGCUGCUGGAUGUAACAGGUGGACCAUUUGAUUUGAUGUCUCGAAGAAUAAUUGCAGCAAGUAGUCGAGCUAUUGGAGAGAGAAUAGCCAAAGCACUUCAAGUAAUUCCUCUGAGAAGAGAUGAUGCAACCAACUGAACACCAAAGCUGCACCAUAAAUGUCCUUAUCUAAUGUUGUCUCAUAUUCCCACAUGGUGGUCGUUCUACACCUUGAAUAGAUGGUAGUCUUUCAGUACUGGUGUGGCUGCUAAGUAGAGCUUUGAGAUUGAACUACAUUCUAAGUAAGCUUUAACUGUUGAGUUUUUAUUUAACAUCACAAUUAGAUAAAAAUCUAGAAAACAAGCAAAUAUAUGCAGCUACUAUUUUCAAGUUUUAUACUACACUGGAACACAUAGCAAGAGACUCUUUGAUGUAUAGAUAAAUAAAGCCUCUCUAGUUCUGCAAGUGACAGAAACAAAACCCAUUGUCCUAACACCAUAUCAUCACAUCUGAUCCUAAACCCAAAAAGAUGAAGGUGUUACGGUUUAUCCAGUCUUUCUCUAUCUGGUCUCCAGUGUAUCCGUUUCCUUAUCUCAUUGCAGUUUUUAUAGAGCUGGUUCACACAUUUCCAAAUCUGUUGGUUUCUUGUAGUUUUGGCUACAAUUUAAAACCUUUAUUACUUACCUAUCCUGGAUUUUGUAGUCAUCAUUCUACCUUUCCAAUGGUAGAUGGACACAAUCUCUUAUUUAGCCUCAUAUGUGGUCAGUACACUUGCAAGUCCACUACAAUUUCAAAAGUAAUAGUUAUUGUGCUGGAAAAUACAGCAUCUUCCAGACUGAAUUCUGAGUAUACCUGUCACCAAAUGUACUUACUUGAAAUCAACAUGCAGUAUGAUUUGCAUUUUGUUAACUUUGGUUGGAUUUCUUCAUAGAUGAGUGUGUUUCAAAGUCUAAGGAAUCAUUAAAUCGAAGAGAGUUUUCAGUACUUCAGCUGGGAAAAAAAAUAAGACCAUAGCCCCUAUUUUUUUACAUAAUUUUCUAAUUUUCCAUAAUUUUUCCUAAGCUGCAAAAUCAAUGACCAACUAGGACCAGGUUUUAAUUGUGUUUUACAGAAUGUACACAGAGGAAGAAAUAUGCCAGAACCUGAAGUGUUUAUAAUUUAAGAAAUGCUAGUAAUUCAAUUCUAGGUGUCAGUUGUUGUAAACUUUGAAAAUUAUACUGGUUCUCUGCAUUUUUGUAUUAAAGAUUGUUAAAAGCAUCAGUGCACUGUUCAGAUAAUUAAUGCACUUUAAAGAAAAGAUGUCAGAUCGGUUUUUAGAAUGAUUUAAUUUUUUUUUGUGUUGAAAGUAGUCUCAUUGGUUGUUUAGUUAAGACACAACAGUGCUUCAGAAAACCUGACUUUUUGUACUGCUGUCCCACUAUUUCUGCUUUAAAAAUGGUAUAUUGAAGUUUCAACAGAUUGCAUAUUAUAAAUGUCAGGUUUAUAUAUCACUUGAUUUUUGCAGAUUUUUCAGAUACGUUAAAAUAUAAGAUGUAUCUAAUGCCAGAUGAUUGUUAACAAGGUCAGCCUCCUACUUAAAGGUCUUCCCAAAAAGCCAGACUUAGUUACUUUACGUUUUAAAUACCUAUUGACAAGGAUGUAAACCUUUUGAGCAUUUCACUGCAACUUUAUUGCUGUAAAUAAUGUGUGUGGGAUCAUGGUUAUUUUUGUUAUUUUCUGUACCAUUUCUGUGGCUUUUGUAUAACAAAGUCUGCAUAACUUUAUUUGUAAAAUGGAGAUAUGUCUAAAAAGUACUUGAGAUGGAAGAACAUGCUAGAAAUAAAUACACUUUAGCAGCA